UGUGAGAGGCAGGCAGUGCACUCUGUACGUGAGCGGCUGGAAGCAGGAAUGGGUCGCCUGUCACGUACUGAGCAGCAGGCAAGCGCAGGGUAGGAAAUCCUCUCACCUUCCCCCCUACAAAAGAGGCUCAUCCAAGCAGAAACGAACUCCGGGACUGCACGUACCUGGCAGCCCAGCUCAUUCUCGGGCAGGCUGAUUAACGUUUUUGGUCCCUGAAAUGGAAGACGCCGUCCAGAUUAUGGAUACAGAAGCUUGUUCUAUGAAGGUUCCUUGCCAAGGCUUUAAGUCCCCAGACGUGACAGAGAGAGAGCUUUCACGACAUUCUGAUAAAAUUCCUCCUGUAAAACCAUGCUUCAAAAAAAAGCACUCUCCGAAAAUGUUUGAUGCAGAAACUCUUAAUGCGUUACGACCAAUUUUCACUAGUUUUUUGGGAUCAGGGCCCCUCAAUGGAAUCUUUGUGCCCAGGAAUCAGACAGGUGACGUUACUAACUUAUGUGAACCGCAUGUGAAAAAGGGAAUUAAGACGGAACAACAGUGUCCUCAACCCACUACAUUGAUUUCUGGAGAUCAAAGUGUCGGACCCGUAGUAGAUAAUUCUCUCUCUUUACAUUCGGGACAAGAAGACCUUGGAGGAGAAACACCAAGUGUAAUUGAAACAUCUGAACCAACGUUUCCAUCAGAACAGAACUCAAGCGUCACUGCUGCUCACACUUCCAAUGAGUCUUUCCAGGAUCCCAUCUUACAAGCAAACCCAGAGGAUUCUACAAGCUCCGUCUGCUUAGACAAGAUAAUCGAAAACUAUUCUAAUGGGUUAUUCCAGGAUAGCAGCUGUCUGGACCAAUACAGUUUGAACCAAGAUAAUACAAACACUGGGAUAUUUCAGGACAAAACAGAGGAAGCCUCCCUUCUUUUAGUAUUUGAACUUUUGAAUCAGCUCCAAUAUCAUGUCCAUCAAAACGAUGGGAUAGACAUUUGUGUGGAAUUUUUACAGGGAUUGUGCUUUUAUGGUAACGACUGCCUAAAACACCAUACAGUAUUACCGUAUCACUGGCAGGUUAGGAGAAUCGACACCGGCCUCUGGCAGAGUAUAAAUGAUGAUUCCCAAGAACAUCUGGAGAGACUGUACUGCAGUCCAGACAGUGACCGAAUCAAAAUGAGAUAUCAGGGACAUGAUUUUUUGGCUGACUUGAAUUGUAUGAACGUUGAUUCUCUUGAAUUUGACCAAAUCCGACGACUGUCUACACCAUCUACCUCCUCUGUCGCCUCUAAUUAUCAUACUGUAUGGAAAUACUUCUGCCGAGACCACUUUGGCUGGAGGGAGUAUUCAGAGCCUGUUGUAAAGCUCAUCGAAGAGGCAAAUUGUCGAGGACUGAAGGAAGUUCGGUUUGUUACGUGGCACAACCAGUACAUACUCAACAUCAAAGAUGGCUUCCAGCAAAAUGCAUGCUUCCGGAAGGAGAUCAAACGGAGGCCCCUGUUCCGGUCAUCUGUAAUGCUCUUGCCACAUUUACAAACACUUAGCGGAACGACCCCGUUGACCACUCCAGCGAUUGACUCCGCAUCACAAGUCCUAUCGCCCGUUGCUAUCACGUUUCCGAACUUCUAUCCAGAAACGUGGAUCCCUAUGGACUCCUCGCAAGAGUUUGUUCAAGUGCCUAUGACCAAUGAAGACAAAAGCUUCAGGACGGUGUAUUCAUUAUUUCACAAAACCGUACCAGAGACUAAGUUUCGGAUUUCAAAGAUUAUGCGAGUUCAGAAUCUCUUUCUCUGGGAAAAAUACAAGAGGAAAAAAGAAUUCAUGACAAGGAAAAUGACUGGAUUGGACAAAAUUAUGAAUGAAAGGCAUUUGUUCCAUGGGACAUCCCAAGAUGUUGUUGACGGGAUUUGCAAGCACAACUUUGACCCCAGAGUAUGUGGAAAGCAUGCCACCAUGUUUGGACAGGGCAGUUACUUUGCCAGAAAAGCAAGUUAUUCUCACAAUUUUUCCAAAAGAUCCCAGAAGGGUGUUCACUAUAUGUUCCUGGCUAAAGUAUUGACGGGAAGAUACAUUGUGGGCAAUCCUACCAUGAGGAGGCCUCCCCCGCUGAACCCAGGGAAUAUUACCAGCGACCUCUAUGAUUCUUGUGUAGACAACUACUUUGAGCCUCAAAUUUUUGUUAUAUUUAACGAUGAUCAGAGCUACCCUUAUUUUAUUAUCCAAUAUGAAGAAGUUAGCAACACUGUCCACAUUUAAAAGAAACAAAACGCUGCUUACCUAUUUCCUAGGAACUGUUUUAAAUAAACAAAAUACAAUAAUGCAAAAAACCCUACAAUCUGUGAUACCGUUUAAAAGAAAUGACCAACAGUAUAUUUGUUGUUAAAUUAUGUUCAUAUUGUAAAUACUUCCAAUUGUUAAUAUUAAAAUUGUGUGCCUUUGUUAAUAAAGCAUUGUUUAUUUAUAAAAAUAAAAAAUUAAAUAAA